AAAAUAUCUUAUCCUAGUGAAUCAGAUAAUCGGGGAGAAAUAAGAAAGAGAACGAGGAACAAAUCGCUCCAAAAAAAAUUAGAUUUCCCUUUCGCAUCCGUAGGUGAUCCUCCGCUUGACAAGAAGAGAAGUAGAGCGAGGGAUCUCUCGAGUGUCUAUCUAUCUCGAACUUAUCGGUUUACGAAGCGAGAGAGAGAGAAUAUGCUUCAGAUUCGGCUAAGGAGGGAUUCUCCCACCGAUACUAGUAACGGUCCCAGAGCUUCUCCCACUGAUUCUGUGACGGUUGCCUGUCCCGACCAUCUCGUCCUCGCCGAUCUCCCUGUCGCCAAAGGGAUCGGUUCUGUGACUCCCACCACCGUAAUAAAGCCCGUCGGACGCCGUUCACGCAGGCAGCUAGGAGAGAGGGUUCAUUUCUGCGUCCGUUGCGAUUUCCCCAUUGCAAUCUAUGGCCGCCUGAAUCCUUGUGAUCAUGCCUUUUGCCUCGAAUGUGCUCGUAGUGAUUCCAUUUGCUACCUAUGUGAUGAACGGAUUCAAAAGAUUCAGACUAUCAAGAUGAUGGAAGGCAUCUUCAUCUGUGCUGCUCCUCACUGCCUCAGGUCUUUCCUCAAGAAGCCUGACUUCGAAUCCCAUGUCCAUCACCUCCACUCCACCCUCUUACAACCCGAUCCUGAUAAAGACGAUGCCAACGACUCUGACUUUCAGACCACAAAGCUCCAAUCUUCUGCUUCUGAAUCCACUUUGCGAGGUCCCUUGAGAUCCCACCAACAGCCUUUACUCCACAGGUCAGCUUCCUUGUCAAAGCCACAACUGCAGAGUUACCCUGCAGAGACCGACAACUCUCGUCCUCCCGGUUUCGAAACCGCUAGUCCUAAACCUGGAAUCCGGUUCCCAGACUACCCUCCGCCUAUCAAUAUGAUGCAACCACCACCACCCAGCAUGCCCAUUCCCAUGAAUCAAAACCCGGGUCUGCCUCAGCAGUUUGGUUUUCCGCCUUAUCCAACAACUGAUGGCUCGUCUCAGCAAUUCUACAGCGGUCCACCUUUUGAAAUGGCAAGACCAGAAGGCAGCGGGGGGUCAGAACAAGGUUCAGCGCUCGGGUAUCAGCAGCAGCCUGCACCAAUGAUGAAUCUGAGUUUCCAAGGAUCUUAUCCUCCUCAGUCUUCGUGGAAUGCCGGUAUGGCACCGCCUCAGACGACUCAGCAGGUUAACAGGGGUAGAGAUGGGCAAGGUUUCGGGUGGCAACAAGAGAACCGUGAUGGCUUUGGGCAGGAGUAACUAUAAGACUAGUUUCAUCUCUCUCUUUUUUUAUGUAAUCCUUAAAACUAUUCGUUUGAAAGUUUCAAAAGUGCUUCUGUGACGCUAUCAUUUUUUGGUUCUAAUUUCUUACUUCGAUUAAACACCAAUUUUGAAUAA